AUUUCCCUUACGUUCAAUUCUGUGUGCGACAUUGGGUGGAAUUCCCUGCUCUGGAAUACAGUAAACACAGAGGAAGGUCGUUUAUUUGCAACAAAGAAAAAUUUAUAAAGACAAUGUCGUUGAGAGCCAGCCUGACUUUAUUUAAAGUCCUCGACACGCUAUUUAUACGCAGAAGUCUUCUUGCGAAGUCAACAUUUAACCGGUAUGUACAUUGUUCGUGUGCAAUGUUGGGAAGGGACGAAAAAAGUAUCGAAGUUCAAAAACAGCUUUUCAUCAAAUCUAGCAGCUUAUUUGAAGAACUGGCACAGAAAAGGGAGAAGGACAAACUGACAUUCUGCUCAGCUGUGCAGUUAUAUAUAACUAAAGAGCUUAAAUACCGCCGAGGGCAUGUUGAGUUCAUCUAUUCGGCAUUGGAAAACAUGGAGCGUUUUGGUGUACACAGAGACUUAUCAGUUUAUAAAGAACUUCUAGAAGUAUUUCCCAAGGAGAAGAUGAUUCCACGCAGUACGUGGCAGGUAGAAUGGCAGCAUUUUCCCAAACAACAGCAAUGCGCUAUAGACCUGAUGGAUCAGAUGGAAGACUACGGUGUGAUCCCAGACCAUAACUUUGGUGCUCGUCUAGAGAAAAUCUUUGGAACAGAGGCUCAUGCAUUCAGAAAGUAUCGUCGUAUGAUGUACUGGAUGCCCAAGUUUAAACAUGCCAACCCAUACCCAAUUCCCAAAGAGCUUCCGGUGGAUGCGCUUCAGUUAGCCCUUUUGGCACUAAAGCGCAUGAGUGUUGACAGAGACAGUGAAAUUACUGUGUGGCAGGGAGAAGGAGUUGAUGGUGAAAACACAAAGGAAACCUUCAUUGCCAGUUCUCAGAGCCACACUCAGAAAUCCCUCAUUGAAAAGCAUAAUUCUGAUACGCCACUUUUUGUGGAAGGAGGUUUCACCUGCUGGUUGCGUUAUGCUUCAAUGACAUACUUUAUUCUUCGUGCAGACCCAGACAAGAAAAUGCUAAAAAGAUAUGCUGAAGCAGAAGCUGCUGCUGCUUCUGAUGACAACUUGUUCAACUGGAACUUAUUUUGGGAGAAAGAAGAGGCUAAAAGUAUUGUUCCUCAGCGGAGUGUGCAUGAGCAAGAUGAUGGAACUGUCCUUGCAAUGGUCAUUACUGGCAAUGCAACUAAAGAGUCUCUUGUUAGUUGGGUUCGAUGUUUGCAGACAACUAAUCCUGCUUUAGAGAAGAUUCCAGUUGUAUUUAAGCUUCGAACACCUGGUUCAGAGAUACAGGUCAUUGGAAAUAAAGAUAAAGAUUUACAAUUAGCCAAAAACACAGAGUAACUGAAUUUAAAAAGAGUACAGCACUGUUAUGAAAAAUUUAUGCCUUUAUAUUCUAUUUGUGGAAAAGUUGUAAAAUGAUGGUGUAUUGCUUCUAAUAUAUUUUACCCAAGCAGUUGUUUCAGCAUCAUUUAGUGUCAUUUUUUUGUGUAAGGCAUUUGUGUGAAAUCCUUGUGACCAUUUGAUCAGCAGCCUAUAUAGUGUUAAUUGAUAAAAUGCAUGUUAAAAUGUGUGGUUUACAAAGGGUACAUUCUAAAGUCAUUUGCCUACACGUGUAUUAUGUAUUCUAAUGAAUAAUAGCAUCAUUUGUCCUCUAAACUGAAGCUUGAAAAUGCAUUCAAAUAAAAUUUCUUUUGGAUACUGGAAAAGAGAAGAUAAACUAUGUCAAAGAGAGCGUUUCAUUUAUUUACAAUAUAUACAAACUGGAGGUUUGAACAGCUGUCUAUUAAGAAGCAGCUCAGAUCUAAUUUGCUUUUCCAAAAACACUGUGUGUGCUAGCAAGAUCAGUCUAAAAGUACAUGGUAGAUGACCAAACUGUGUAAGGAUUUUUUCUAAAUUCUUAUUGUAAACACAUACAUGAAUUUAUACUGUAUGUUAAUCUGACCACAGUCAUCACUUUCAUUUGUUCACAACACACUGAUAAUCUAUGUAGACUGUACAGAGAUAAUAAAUUAUGAAAAUCUGAUUAUUCAGGCCAGUUACUACUUUUCAUUUUAUAGACACAGACAUGCAAAGUUUCUUCAGAACAUUUUGGAAUUUUUUAAAGCUAAAACAGGUGCAUCAUUAGUGUUUAUGCAAGUAUUAAAUCUAUAACAUUCAUAUUUUUUGUAGUAAAAUAAUCUUUCUAAACUCUAUCUGAAAAAUAAUUUUUUUUAUCUGAAGGGAUGUACAGCAACAUGAGCGUGGAGUGUGAAAAAGCAACACAAUACACUCUAAUAACGUAAAACACAUUAGAUGCCUUGUUAACAUUUUUUUUCUUGCAUCUCAUGGUCUCUAGUUAAGAAAUGACAACUAAUUUUUUUUCUUUAAGAUCUGUAGCUGCAGAACUCUUAAAGAGGUCAUCUUGAAUCUUCAGGAUGAAAAAGAAAACAGCUAGUGAUGAUCUCAAAAAAGACCUAGAUCUUGGCAUUCUAGCAGUUAAUCGGAAAUUUGCAGAAAUACGCAAUACGAGAAAUAAACUGAAAAAAGUAUUUAUAGCAGAUCUUAUUUUGAUCACCAUGUUUGACAAGGCCUGCCUGAUAUAUAUAAAAAGAAAGAUGAUUGAAUUGGGUUAGUGUGGCAAAAAGCACAAGGAUUUUUUUUAUUAUUUUGAAAUUAGCAUAUGCCGUGACUGCAAAAUUCUUUCAUUCUUUGUAAGGCAGCUUUCUAUCCAAAACAUUCUAGAGCAGCCUUUCUCAAUUUUGUUGCUUAAAGUAACCUUGAAAAUAAUUUUCAGGCUUUAGAUGACAAAGCUCUUUAAGAUUUGCUAUAUAGGAUUAUGGUUCAUUAUUGUGAUCACUAUGUUGAAGGAAAUAUCUAUAUAAUUUUGGGGGAAUCUAAUGUUUUAUAAGUUGCUUGCUAAACAAGACCAAUGAUAAGUAUGAAGAUAACCUAUUGUUAUUGCACUAGUGCAGAAAAGAACAGAAGAUGGUAUUCCUUGUCAGCCUUAUCUGUGGUGCUUAAAAGAUAGUGCCAACACCACAUGGUACACAAGUUUAGCUUAGUCCUUAUUAGUCUUCGAGGAGCAUCAUCUUUAACUUUCAAUGACCGUUCUAUAGAUCAUUUGCAUCUACACUGAGAUGUUUUCUAUGCAGCAUUAACUGGCAUAUAAACCUGAACAUUUUAUCUCACACAUUAAAAAAUAACAGUAGUUAUGCUGCACAGUACACAUACUCUCAUAAGAAAUAACUAUGAGCCACUUCAUUCAUCUGGAUCCUAAGGUAACAUUUACUAAAACAUUUGUUGCUGUUCUGUGGAAGAAAAAAAUUAUAUGUAUUGAAAACUUAGACAAAUCUUAUCACCAAAGUUGUUAUACACUUCUAUCAAGUUCAUAAAAUAAAUGUUAUCCAUAUU